CAUUCUAUUGUUAUCUUAUUCAAAGAUAAUGCUACAAGUCAUUAUCACUUCACCCUGCACAAUAAUAGUCAAUUCCUCUACACAACAUUUAUCUAUAUCUCUCAUUCAUAUCUUCCUAAAACUAAAAUUUCUUUGAAGGUGAUUUUGAUUGAAAAUCAACAAGAUGCUAGGGAAAAAGAUUGUAUCAAUCAAGAAACUAGCCAAAAAGGUGAAACUUGUAGGUAGAGUUGACUCUGACCUUGCUCAAUACGAGUUGUUGAAGGAAAUUGGUAAAAAUAUUGGGUCCAAAAAAAGUGGUGUUUUUGCACUAUAUGUUGGGGAGGAACGAGAGAGAUAUGAGGUUCCAACUGGUUACCUUUGUCAUCCCUUAUUGAAGAUGUUGUUGGAGAAAGCAUACAAUGAAUUUGGAUUUCAGCAAAGGAAUGGUUUGGUUGUUCCAUGUAGUGUUUCAGCUUUUCAUGAAGUGGUUAAAGCUAUAGAAUGUAACAAUUGUAAGUUUGAUAUGGCAAAUAUUUGUGAUGAAUUGAUUUGAAGUAUGUGCUUGUAUCAUAGACAGAUAUAGAUGUUGUAAUGCAUAAAUAUCUCCAAGUUUAAUAGAGUUAGCUUUCAAUU